CCGUCCAGUCUCAUUCUCCACUCCCUCCGGCGCCGCUUACUUCUGACGCGCCCGAUGCUACUGCGAUGGAUCGCAGCCGCGGGGCGUCGGCGAGCGCUGCCAGCCAGGCCCCUUGCGCGCGCGCUCUCGUACGGUAGGGUGGUGGACGCCGCGGCUCGGGACGGGGAGCUCCGGGUGUUCGUGGUCGCGGGCGAGGUCUCCGGCGACUCGCUCGCCUCGCGACUCAUGGCGUCGCUCAAGGCGCUCUCGCCUGUGCCCGUCCGGUUCGCUGGCGUUGGCGGGGAAUUAAUGUGCAAGGAAGGUUUGCAGUCACUUUUCCCCAUGGAAGAAAUUGCCAUUAUGGGUUUGUGGGAGCUGCUGCCACACAUAUAUAGUGUCAAGAAGAAAAUUGAGAAUACUGUAAAUGCGGCUAUGUUAUUUCAACCUCAUGCUGUGGUUACAGUUGAUUCAAAGGGGUUCUCUUUUCGCCUGUUGCAGCAACUGAAAUGCAGAAGCAAUCAGAAGGUUCAAAGUCCUCUACAUUUCCAUUAUGUUUCACCAUCAUUCUGGGCCUGGAAAGGUGGUGAAAGCAGGCUCUCAAAGCUGCAUGAUUUUGUGGAUCACAUGUUGUGUAUUAUUCCAUUUAAGGAAGAAAUAUGCAAAUUAAAUGGGUUGCCUGCUACUUAUGUGGGACAUCCAUUAUUGGAUGAUGCUAUUGGCUUGAACAUGGGACCGGAAUUGUCUUAUGACAAGUCUAAACAUCAAAAGCGUUGUGAAGCUUUCCGGCUGGAACAUGGGCUGUCCCCAGAUGCCACAAUCGUAACCAUUAUGCCAGGAAGUAGGAUGCAGGAGGUAGUUCGAAUGCUUCCAAUCUUUUUGCAUGCUGUGCAAAACUUAAGGCAUACAUUUAAUGAACUGUCACAAGUCAUCCCAGUUGCUCCACAUCGAGACGUGAAGACCUAUGUUGAAAAGGCUGUUCAGUCAGGGCCUUUUCCAGUGGUGUUGAUACCUGGGGGUUCGCUUAAGGAAAGAUAUGAUGCAUUCAGUGCUAGUAGAGCAGCAUUAUGCACUUCAGGGACAGCUGUUAUGGAACUAACGCUUGCAAAACUACCCUGUGUGGUAGCUUACCAAGCUCAUUUCAUUACAGAAUGCUUGAUUCACUUGAGGAAAAAGAUAAACUUCAUUUCUCUGCCCAACAUUCUCUUGAACUCUCCUGUUGUGCCUGAGGUCCUUUUUCGAGCUUGUACAGCUAAGAAUCUAGCUACAAAACUAAGCAAGGUUAUUUCUAACGACGAUGUCCGUCAGAUGCAAGUUGAAUCAGCUGGCCAAGUAUUCCAGGUUCUCUAUGAACCCAUCAAGAAAAGGGGUGCUUUAUUUGUGGAGGAGCUUGGCUUGUCAUCAAAUGUCUUAUCUCCUAGCAUGAUUGCAGCAUUAACAGUGCUUUAUACAGAUAAACAUCAAAAUAUUGUAUACCGGAAUUAAGUGGUACAGUCAGAAGCUAAGGAAUCUUUUUAUCUGCCAGUGUGAUCAUGGUUCCAUGCAUGCCACUCAUCCACGAUUGGAGUAGCAUGGCAGCAAGCAACUGCUGAUGUAAAGCUUUCAGUUCUGAAGUGGUGUCAGGUCAACAUCAGAGUCACAGUAUCAUUAUAGAUUUCAGGCAUGUGCUCUAGUGGAUUAAGUGCCAAUCUUGGUCAUCCUGUUGGUGCUUACUUUUCCAUGGUUAGAAUUUCCUGAUGUUACAGGAAGUCAAGGACUCGGGGAGUAUGACUGAUGGUACAGAUGUACAGUGGGCUUGGAAAGUAUGAAUGAACUACAAAGAUUUUCCUGCAUUUCUGAUUUUCUUCAGAUCCUGUGGAAGCCAGUCUGACUGUUUGGUAAUUUAGCUGCUCAUGCUUCAAGGAAGGGGAAAAUGAGGACUUACAAUCUAUUUGAUGUAUCUAUAUAUACAGACUAUGUAUGUGUCACGGGUAGUCAGCUGGGCUUAUUGGGCCAUUUGGGCCAAGGUACUGUAGCGCGGCGCGGUACUUAGCGCCGCCAGCCCUCUAGGGUUUGUUGGUUAGGGAUAAAUUACUUAGGGGUUAAGUAAGUCUCUCUAUAUAAAGAGAGGAGAUAUGUCAUUCAAGACAAGAAAAGAAUAAUGAAGAAACAAUUCUAGUCUCCCUCAA